CUGACGCAAGGCAAGGCAGCUCGUCCUCGGCUGCCGCUGGCUGCUGCAGGCGUGCUAUUGGAGGUAGCGGAGGGACCUCUGCGAAAUGCCUGGUGCAUGGCCGGCCUCAUUCCUUACUUCUUGUUCCUUUGCCCGCUGGUGGUCACAGCCCUGUGUUUGUAGGCACCAUGCUCCGCGGCGGGCUAUUCUAGCUGCCUGAGCCGCCCCAGCAGCGGUUGCGGCGCUGUGCUGUGCCGGGGAUGCGGCCUGCUUGUUAAAGCUCCCCCACCACAACCCCUCCAACCGUGAUGGCUGAUGAUCAACAACAAGCUGACCAGAAGCCUGCUUCGGGACUCGGCUCUCUUCCAGCGCUGGUGCCGGGACUUCAGGGGCCUGAAGCGAACGCGUUGCAAUUUAAAAUCAAGAAUUCAAUUUGCAAAUCUGUACAAUCAAAAGUGGACAGCAUAUUGCAAGAUGUUGAGAAGUUUACAGACAUCGAAAAGCUCUACCUCUACCUUAAGUUGCCUUCGGGUCCCAGCAGUGGCAAUGAUAAAAGUUUCCCCAUAUCUAUUCAUCACCCCAACCCCCAAAUUGUGCCCAAUUGGACUGAGAAUGAGAGGGGGUCCUCCACUCCUGGAUUAUGCGAUCAGACUUCCAUGUCAUCGAGUCGCACUCAACAGAUGUAUGCGUUCAAUUGGAUACGGAAUCACCUAGAGGAGCACCCGGAGACGUCACUCCCUAAACAGGAGGUCUACGAUGAAUACAAGAGCUAUUGUGACAAUCUCGGUUACAAUCCACUGAGUGCAGCAGACUUUGGGAAGAUCAUGAAAAAUGUCUUUCCCAACAUGAAGGCACGUCGACUUGGGAUGAGAGGAAAAUCCAAAUAUUGUUAUAGCGGGCUAAGGAAGAAAGCUUUUGUUCACAUGCCAUCAUUACCUAACCUGGAUCUGCAGAAAUCAGGCGAUGGGUGUGAAUUGAUGGAGCCGGCCGGCCAGUCCCCAAGCGCUGAGGAUGAAAUGAGGUCUGCAGCCUGCGGCCUGGUGUGCGAAUGGGCUCAAAAGGUCCUGAGUCGUCAGUUUGACAACGUAGAGGAUCUGGCGCGCUUCCUGCUGAACAGCCACUACAUCGGUACCAAGUCCAUGGCUGCACUCACUGUUAUGACAGGAACACCCACGACAGGCAUGAAGACACCAACUCCUGCCUCAGCAUUUGUGCCCACAGCCGAGGCAAACUCCUUCCAACCCCAGGUGAAGACCCUGCCCUCCCCCUCUGUCGAUGCAAAGCAGCAGCUGCAGCGGAAGAUCCAGAAGAAGCAGCAAGAGCAGAAGCUCCACUCUCCUUUACCCAGCGAGGCCCAAGUCAAACGAACAGAGGCCAGCACCCCUGGCCCAACCAUCCCCUGCGGCAGCCCUGCUCUGUUGUCCCCUCAGCCCACUAUAGGCAUCGUAGUAGCAGCUGUUCCCAGCCCAGUCACGGUACAGAGAAGCAGGCAGCUAAUGACCUCUCCGAGCCCUGUCGGGACAACCGAGGGGAAAGUGUUGCCUGUCAACUUCCAAGUGGUCGCGCAGUCACUUAAGCAGUCUCCCAAAACCCCACAGAAUGUCCCAGCUAGUCCUGUGGGAGCACGGCAUGGUACCAGGUACGCUCAAAUCCUGCCAAAGCCCUCCGCCACCAGUGCCAUCACACUUCGUUCCCCUCCCACUUUGCUCAUCACCAACAGCCCCAUAAAAACUGUGAUGCCCACUCCCCACGUCAGCUCGGUCAAUGUGGUCAAGAUGGCCAUUGCCUUGGCUCCCAGCAGCAGCAGUAGUAACAGCAGCAGUACCGCUGUGCGCCCCGCCUCUGCCGGAAUGGGCACCCUGUCCGCCUUAGAUGAGUCCCAGCAGUCACUUGGUGCGAGUGUGACUACUACAGUUAGACCCAGCGCCUCCAGUUUGAACCCCUCCAAUGACAUCAAGGGAGCGUCUGACAACAAUGACAACAGCGCCACCACUGGUGUGGAGAAGACCGGUACUGGGUCCCCUGAGGAGAGAGUGGCAAAGUUCCGUGCUGCCAGUGAGCCCAGCUUCUCCGUUAAGUGUUCACCAGGACCUGAUAAGCUCUCAAGGUUAAAGAGUGACUCCGCAUCCCCUCCCACCUCAGUAACUGUAGCUGGGAUUCAAGACAGCAAUAACAGUAACUGCCAUGACAGCACCUUUUAUUUGACUGUUGAUAAUCACAACUCCAAUGGCAACAUGGCAUCUAUCACUAUUCCAACUUUAAAAGACCCUUGUCCAGAUGCCAAGAGUCCCAGGAAGCGCACAGGCCCUACCGCAGAGUCCCAUAUUAUCCCUGUGAAGAGAGUUUUUAUAUCUCAGCAGUCAGUGGCUGCAUCUGACAAUCCCAAACCUGGACUUAGCGCUGCAGUAAAGAGGAUCCCACGACCAGGAACCCCGGCCAGACCUGAAAGCGCACCGUGCAAAGUGACUGUGAAACACACCUCUGUCGGCCCCACACAGAUUCUGGCACUCUCCGACUCACCCAUCACACACACAGAGGGCACCCUGACUGUUGUCAAACCGCAGGCCUUGUUGGUGAAACGGGAAGAUCGCUCCCUCAGCGCCGACACCAGCAGCGGAGGGGCUGGAACGUCGGACCAGUCCUUGUUGCAGCAGAUCACCACCGGCACACGUGCCAACUCAGGAGCACACGAUGCCUCUGUGAUAAGUGAACUAAAGAGCACAAUAUGGGAGGAGGGUCAGCUUGAUGAGCUUCGCAAGCAGGCAUUCGCUCAGCAGAUACCAGCAGAACACAAGCAAGCUACCACAGACCAGAUUUCUAUUAUAGCCCAACCCCCUGACACCCCGGGACAACUGGCUCUUGCACAGGAGAUGGUUGAAUUUGCUGGUUCUCAGCCUAGCAUGGAUUACUUCCCCUUCAAUGAUGAUGACAUGACGCAGGACAGCAUCGUGGAGGAGCUUGUCCAGAUGGAGGAGCAGAUGAAGCUGAAGGGUUUAUUUGGCAGUUGUGUUGAUGCUUCCCUUCAAGGCCAGCCAGCCGGCAACCAGGGGUCCGUGCUCAACACUCACCAAGCCGGCACUUCUUUCUACCACUCUGCCCACAGCAGCACCACUCCGGUCCAAACUCCCACGCCAACUCCCACGCCAACCCCCACGCCCACUCCUACCUCUGAGAUGACCCUUGGCAACAGCCUAACAAGAGAGAGCCCCUGCUCCCGCUUGGCUCCCAUCACUCCUGUAGACAGCGCACUGGGUCGCCACACGCCCAUCAGUACCCCUCUUUCCAACUGCAGCAGCAGCGUGCCCCCGAGCCCGGUAGAGUGCAGAAACCCUUUCGCGUUCACUCCCAUCAACUCCAGCAUCACCGGUUACCAUGACGCCAGUAUUGUCUCCAGCAGCCCUGUCAAGCCCAUGCAAAGGCCCAUGGCAACUCACCCCGACAAGGCCAAACUGGAGUGGAUCAACAACCGCUACAACAGCAAUUCAGGAGGUCCGUUACCGAACCAUAGCAUUGGUAUCCUGCCCAGCUACCAAGAUCUGGUUGACGACCAGUUUCGUAAACCACAUGCGUUUGCAAUUCCUGGCCAGUCAUUUCAACCCCAGUCGAGGCCAGAUUCAGCACAUUUUGGCCGUUUGACGCCCAUCUCCCCUGUGCAGCAGCAGGUAGCUGGUGUGACCACUCCCACCAAACAGGAGAGCUUCGCUGUGCCGGCACCAUUAGACAACAAGGCAUCAACGUCCUUGGCAUCUAGUACGUUCCGUUGCCGUAGUGUCAGCCCCGCUGUCCGCCAGAGGAACUUCAGCGGGAACACCGGCCCUCAGACCACCACCACUAAUACCUCCACCACCACACAAGCGGUCGUCUCGCCCUUUAACUCGCCCAUCACCUCCGAAGUGCUCAGCAUCCUGUCCAACAGCCAGACGGUCAGCACCGUUCACAGCAUGGUCCAACGCAGCCAGUCUGUGCCUCUGAACAUCAUGAUGCAGAGUGAGAUGCUGCCCGUGCAGGGCGCGAGUAACACCACAAAAAUCACCAGCGUCCUUCUCAGCAAGAUGGAGGCGGACGGGGACGAUUCUGUCCGAGGCCUGGGGAUAAACAACCUUCCCUCUAACUACACGGCCCGCAUGAACCUUACACAGAUCCUGGAGACAACUCCGGCCUUCACCGUGGGAACGCCGCAUGAGACCCCACUGCCGGUCAACUCCAGCCCGCCUGCCUUUGACCUGCAGCAGCACGGCUACCUCGCCAACGCCAGUGGGGAUCAAGUCAGCUUCUCCACUGGGGCCAGCCAAGCACAAGAGGGCGUCGGUGAACCAGACCAGCAACAGCAGCAGCUCCAGGAGAUUCCCGUGCAGACACAGCCGCCACUCCUCCUCCAGAGCACACAUCAGCAGGAAGCGGAGGACGAGCAGCAGCAGCUGGAUUUCAACAACACUGUCAAGGACUUGCUGGGGGAUGACACCCUCAACCCCAGCUCUCAACUGGUGGGCCAGGUCGCCUCAGAACUCAAUGCUGUGGCAUCCGACUUUUCAAACGACAUCCGACUGACCACAGAUCUGUCCAGUAGCAUCACUGACCUUAACACAUUGGACCCAAAUCUGCUGUUUGACCCCAACCAGCAGCAGGAACAAUAUGAAGACUCAACACUGGAAGAACUGAAGAACGACCCGCUUUUUCAGCAGAUAUGCAGUGAUACUGUGAACUCUGGCUUUGACUGGCUGGAGAGCAAAGACCAGCCGACUACAGUAGAGAUGCUGGGCUGACCUGAACAUUUAUUCUCUACCGCUUCUGUUCUGUGUCGUUUGUUCGUUUGGUGCAUAACUAGUAUAUCUGUUUUAAGAACCACAGUUUGUUGGGAUUUGUCUGGACUUUGCCAUUUGUUCUGUUUUGAAAAGUGCCAGGCUUACCAGAAAAUCUCCCCCUGCUGAUGUUACCUUCUUUCCUCAUCUGUCACUUCCACUUAACUCCCUCGUCUGCAAUCAGAAAUGAAUUUGCCCCGUCAGCGUGCGGUUACAAAGAACAGUGAUGUGUGAGCAUUAGGAGAAACAUAAUCUUCCAUGUUAGAAACAGUCAACAAUGCAAUGGUUGUAUUGAACAAACACUUAAUGGAAGUGAGAAGUAGAGUGGAUUCUGCACGAUAGGAAAAAAAAUAUUUUUGUUGUGUGUGCAGUUCAACCAAAUGUAGAUAACGAUAGUGCGGUAGUGUAGGUUGUUGGACGUUGGCCUGCCAUAUCAAAUUAUUAAAAAGGGUAGCGACUCGGGCUGCCAGGUGCUGAAUUUAUGAUGUAUUCUUUGUACUUUUAUCACAAAUCAGUCGCUACUGAUUGACGCCUGAACAUUUUUUUCCUGAAACUUGUACUGUUGUAUGUCUUUUAAAGGGAGGAGAGGGGAUUAUUUCAGGCCAACUUGUCGGACUAAACAUUGUAAGGAAUCAACAACUGGCUGCCUUAUUCCUUCAGUCCAAGGCCUUACACCAUCUCUAGAGAGACUGUAUAUAGCGAAAUGUUAAGAUUCAACCAUCCAGAGCGUCUUUGUCCUAUCAAGGCAGUUGCAGCAAGAAUGCAUCUGUUUUGUACAGGCUAGUGACUACACUGCUUGUGACUUUACCGCAUUUACAGCAAUUUGAUAUUCUAUCAUUUCACAGAACAGAGCCCAUGGCAGGCACGCUUUACGUCAUGAGAGCUUUUUUUUAUGGCAUGUUUGGAUAAAAAUCAGUGGUGUGGAGAAGGCUUAGCGAUAUAAACGGCAACAGGCAGAGUGCAUUGACGUCAGCUUGAAUGAAAUGUGCGAUCCAGCCUUAUUUCCAUACCAAAUAUUGAGAAAAAUGAGAUUAUUACACAUUGUCCCUCCAACAAGGAAGAGGAUUGAUUCUCUAUUGCAUCGAAGGAGAAAGGAUUAAGUUACAUAAAUUCUAUGUACAGUAUGUAUAUUAGGGAAGUGGUCUCAGUCCAGUAGGUAACCACGGACCUUCAAAAGCAUGUUGAAACCAUCACUAUUAUGUGAUACAGUAGGAGGCUUACUUGAGUUUUUGGCAAUUAUCAGUGUUGUACAAGUCAUAUUAAAGCUCCAUUUGUAAAUAGGAUAGAUACAUAGAGAUUUGAUGUAUACGGACACUAUAUUAUGGCCAUUAUUAUAGCUAAGUAUGUGUCAUUUAAAAGAGACAAACAAAAAAAAAAGCUUAACAGAUGUAUAGUCGGCAAGAUACUGUAUGUUGUGUGUUACAUUUCUGGCUUAGCGUGUCGUAAAAGUAAUUCUGUCUGGUCUUCGCUUGCUGAUUUUAUUUGACAUUUUCGAGAAGCAGAAGGUGUACGUGCUUUGAGCAGGACAAAAAAAAUACAUUGUGAUACUGUUAGCUGGUUGCAAAUAUGUUUUUGUGACAAAGCCUUUCAGCAGACACUGGAUUUAAAAAAAAAAAAAUUGCUCAACAAACUCUGGAGGUUCAACAUUAUUGCACUAAAUUUUUACGACACAAGCCUUUGCCAUGUCUUAUUGGACAAAUGUAAUGAUGGACGCCCGCAACAUAAAAAAAAAAAGAUUUUUUUAUGACAAGGUGAGUAAGGAAAUUAAGGGUCCGAAAAUGACCAAUUGUCUUGUAGCAAAAUGUGCAUUAAUCUCAGUGAGAUACACAUUUCUUACACGUUCUCAUACAUGAGAAUAUGAAGCAUUGAAGGGGGAUAAAAGUUCAAGUGUAACCUUUAAAAACCUACAUGCCCCUUGUGUUGAUAAAUGAUUGUACGCGCGCAUGUGUGAUGUCUCCUGUUGUACUUUAUAUAUUCUCGGUGACCACUGUCUGCUGUGAUGUGGGCAGGUUCUGUUAACCAGACGGGCAGUGCCAGUUUUGUCAGCUACUUCUGUCGUUUACUAAGUUAACAUUGCUCUCUUGUUUUAUGUUGAUGACUGUUUUACUGUUGAUUUUACAUAUGUCGCAGUUCGUGAAAUACUUUUUUCUUGUGUUUUUGUCAUAAAGGCACUGAUAUUUGAAUUCUAAUGAAGGAAAUGCACCUCUUUUGAGCUCCAUCAAGCAGUAAUUUCACCUUCAACUGACCCAGAACCAACUCUGUUUGACUAUUUUAUUCAUUUAUACAAGUAGAAGAAAAAAAAUACCCUCCUCUGUGAUGUUGUCUGGUGUACUGCUUAUUGUACAAUAGCUUGUUAAUAUUGCAAACGCGUUGUUUCUUUUUUUUCAAUGGAAAGUACUCACUGGUGAGAUUUUUAAAGUGGUUUUAAAAGCCAAUAAACUUUUUUUAAAGAAUGCACUUAGGUGUUUUAAGACGUCUUCGUAUUGCACAUUUCAAUGAGAUCCAUAUAAGGGAUGUAAUAAA